GCACAAGGGGCAGGCUCCAGCUCCAACAAGCCUGGCUUCCCCGGCUCUGGCGCCGCGCCGGCGCCCACGAUCUCGGUGACACCUGCACAGGGCAGCCAAGAGGGGGCCUCGGGCAACUGGUGGCAGGGCGGCGGGGCCCCCAAUGGGGGGAUAAACAACCAGUACCAGGGGGCCCCGGGUGGUAGAGGCUAUAGUGGUGGCGCACCUGGGAGGGGCUACAGCAGGGGGGGCAGGAGGGGUGGCGGUCCAUUUCGGGGAGGCGGGCAAGGGGGUCAGAUGGGGGGAGGCGGUGGCGCAGCUGGCGGGGGCCAGGGUGGCCCUGCCUAUGCGGCUCCCCAGCGGGCAGCCGUGCCACCCCCUGUCCCCGUCCCCAAUGAGGAUUUCAAUUUUGAAGAGCAGAAUGCGAAGUUUAAGAAGGAUGACGUUGCCAAGGAGGAAGCAGGGUCGGACGUUCCAAAGGGUACAUAUGCCAAGGACGAGUUCUUUGACACGAUGUCCUGUGAGGCGCUGGAGAAGCUCGGCGGUGCCAACCAGGAUGGCCGGCGGUCGUUUGCGGAGCAGCGAAAGGUGGAUGUGGAAACAUUUGGUGGCAUGGCCAGCAGCAUGAACAGGCGCGGCCGGUGGGGCUCGCGUGGGACGCGAGGGAGAGGUAGAGGCAGAGGACGGGGCUACGGCCGUGGCCGUGGGAGGGGCUACUACAACAACUACCAGACCUACGGGAAAGAGGGUGCCCGUGCAUAG